AUGGCUGCCUCUUCCUCUGACGCCGCCCCACACCUGCGCCCUGCCCAGCUCUUCCGCGAGCUCGAGAAGAACCCCCGGAUUGUGGUGCACACGAACCCGGAGUCCGAGGGCCUGAUCCGUGCUCGGGUCCAGGGCGCCAACCUGGCCGCCGAUGAGUCCGAGAUCCUGGUCUUUUUGGACAGCCACUGCGAGGCCGGCUUCCGCUGGCUGGAGACCCUCAUCGAGCCAAUCAUGACCGAUCCCACCAUGGUCACCAUCCCGGCCAUCGACCUGAUCAAUGACAUUACCCUGGACUUCAAGGCAUCUGGCGGCCCCUUCCGCGGGGGCUUCACCAACCGCCUGGACUACACUUGGAUCGGCCUGACCCCGGCCCAGGAGAAGCGCGAUCGCGAGCAGCCUGGCGGCCACCACCUGAUCCUGACGCCGGCCAUGCCGGGCGGCCUGUUUGCCAUCCACCGUGACUUCUGGAACCACAUCGGCACCUAUGACACCGACAUGCAUGUUUGGGGUGGCGAGAACAUCGAAAUGUCCCUGCGCAUCUGGCAGUGCGGCGGCCGGAUGGCCUUCGUCCCGUGCUCGCGCGUGGGCCAUAUGUUCCGUACCUCCUUCAAGCAGUUCAAGGAAAACUUCCCGUACGCCUUCCCGGAUGGCGCCAGCAAGACGGUCGGUCGGAACAAGGCCCGCGCGGCCGAAGUGUGGAUUGACUCGCCCGAUGCCAAGGCCAUUGCCUACCAGCAUAUGUUCGGCCGCCGGGACGGCACUGUCCCCCCGCACAUCGAGGUGGGCGACCUGACCGAGCGCUUCGAGCUUCGCCGGCGGCUCAACUGCCGGUCAUACGAUUGGUACGCGCGGAACAUCUACCCCGACCAUCCGCUCACGGAAUAG